GCAGUUCGCUCUCCUACCUAUAUAGUUUUUUACUAAAUCCAAAAUCACACAAGUCGUUCCCCCAGAAAUGUCAAUCAGUUAGUGUUAUUAUUUUGCUUAACGUUUUUAUAUUUCGUAAUCAAUAUUUCCUGUGUCAAUGCAAUACAUUAUUUUUAUAUUAGCUGUAAUAUAUCUUAUCUUUACAUAAUGUUACAAUUUAAGUAGAUAAUUUGAGUUUUUUAUUACUGCAGUUUUAUUUCUGUUCGUGUAUCAAACUGUUGUCGGAAUGGACCAAAUUAAGUUAAUUCACAGCUGAUAAGAAUGGCGUCUAGAGAUAAACAGCAGUAUGUUGAUGGUCGACGGACCUGUCCACGAUACAGUGGAUCAACAUCUAACAAUGGAGACUAUGCUUAUGCGUAUUAUGAGCAUGGCCCCCAUGGAUCAACAAAGCCUCAUUCUUGUUCAAAACACAGUUAUAUAAAUCGUUAUGGACGUGAAGAAAAUAUAUAUGAAGAAAUUGAGACAUCUAAACUCGACGCAGAAGUUAGAUAUGUACACUCUAAACAUUUACAGGUUUUAGGCGAAUUAAAUUUAUCAAUGGAAGCAAUGCUAAUGCCUGAUAAUGGUGCGUGCUUAAACAAUAACGGCUCAUCAGGCUUAAAUUUGGGUGCAUCAAGAGACGGCUCUCCAGUAAACUUAAGUGUCGACAGUGGAGUUGCAUGCGACGCAAGUAGCUGUGGAACAAACAGUCUUAGUAGGCCUCGUAAGUCUCAUUUCAGUACUAAGCGGUUUUGGAAUAAAAUGCCCACACUCAUAUCACCCAGUCCAAGCAAAACAUCACUACCAGAUGAAUCAGUUCGAUGGCGGCAAAAUUCAUGGGAAGAAGUAGCACAGCCAACACCUACCAAUGAACGUCACACACCCUCACAAAAAAGUUCGAGCUCCGAUAGAGAUCCAGAACUUUCAUCGGAAGAAGAAAGUAACAAUUAUGAAACUAGAAACGUUUCAAAAACGUUGAGGUGGCCAAAGAAUCCUCCAUCACCAGAUCCACCUUCUAGUCCUGGUUUAUUAUCAAGAUGGUUUUCUUUAAGAAGAUGCUCUCAAUAUGAUUUAGAUGUUCGACCAAAUAUCAAAAUGCCUUUAUUACCAGAGGUAGAAGAAGACUGUUUUUCCAGAAGACUUAUUCCUCCAAGUCUUCCUCCAGCUCCCCCUGAUAUAACUGAACAAGAAUUGCGACGUAGAUAUAUUGUUGAUGAUAUAGUUAGGAGUGAAAAUUCAUAUUUGGCUACACUGCACAGACUUGUAAAUGACUAUAAAAAACCAUUGGAACAAAGCAUGCCAUCAAUAUUAAGUCAAUCAAAGAUAUCAGUUUUAUUUCAUCGAGUUCCAGAAAUACUUCAGUGCCAUACACUAUUUAGAAUUGCUUUAGCUGAAGCUGUAGCUAAUUGGGACAGAGAUCAUAGAAUAGGGGAUGUAUUUGUUGCUUCCUUUAGUAAAGCUAUUGUGUUAGACAUUUAUAGUGGAUUCAUUAACAAUUUUUUAAACGCUAUGGAAUUAGCAAAAACAGAAACUAAAAGAAAAGCAUCUCUCGCGGAAUUUUUCAAAAACCGACAAGAAGCAUCGCAUGAUCGUCUUUCAUUCUACAGUUUAAUGGUGAAACCAGUACAGAGAUUUCCACAGUUUAUUUUGUUUUUGCAGGAUUUAUUACACAACACAGGAUACGGUCAUCCUGACAGAAUGUCUCUUCAACUAGCUCUAACUCAGUUGGAAUCUUUGGCAGAGAUGCUAAAUGAGAGAAAGCGCGAGAGUGAACAAGCACAAGCAUUUAAAGAAAUGUUGAAAUCUGUUUCAAGUAAAUUAGCUGUUAGACCAAUAGCAGACAGCAAUAGAUGCCUUUUGAGACAAGAUGACGUUACUCAAAUUGAAAUAAACCACGGAGAAGUCGUUGGAAAAUGUAAACCUCGGCGGUUACUGUUAUUAAAUGAUUUGUUAGUAUGUGUGUCUGUGAAUAACAAAGAUGAUUCAAAUAGCACUUCACAUAAGAGGUUAACUUUAAAAUGGAGUUUUCCUAUAUCCGAAAUUCAAGUUAUUGAUACUUUAUCAUUACCGAGUGUAUCACGCACAAUGGGCAAUACGACAUCACAAAAUAGUAUAACGACAGACAACUUGUGUAAUGAAAUGAAUCAUUUAAUGCAUGAUUAUCAAGUAAUCAGUAGGAUUAUUGAAAUGGCAUCAACAUUGAAGGGCACUUAUUUGGAUCUAGCUCCAGAUCAUUUAAAAGGAAUUUUAAAUGCAAUACAAUGUGAAGUUCAGUACAAAGGAGACCAAGUAGCGUGGAUGGAUUCUUGUUGUCUACAAUUAUUUGUAAACCGACAAGGUUAUACUUUCCAAAUGGACAAUCCUGAUACACGUAAAGCGUGGAUAACUGAAUUAAGGUUAGCUCGUUUAGCUCUCGAUCCUAAUAAUUCUCCAGCCUGGGAAAUACCAGAUCAGGAAUUGAUGCGUCCUAUGACGAAAAUGCCCCUGUUUGUUGGCGCACACCCAAUAACAUCAUCUAGCAAACAAGCGGAGGUGACAUGUGGUUGUUAUUAUUCUUCUGGUUGCGGUAAAUUUUCAUAUUUAUGGGUGUGUACAACAAACAUACCUAUGAACACUCACAUAGCUAUUAUGUCGGUGAACAACACUUGUGUUCUAAAACAAAUUACAACGCUGGAUCUUUCCCAAACUAUAGUCACUGCCAUCGAGUAUGUUAGAGCGUCUGAUACUGUUUGGAUGGGAACUAACCAUAGAAGUAUUUUGAUUUUUAAUACAGCUGACAUGUCCGAAGAAGCUAGUAUAUUAUUACCAGGAGAAGAUGAAAGCCUCGGGGUUACAGCUAUAAAACAUCAUUGUGAUACUGUUUUUGUAGCUUUGUCAAAUGGUUCUUUGUUGUUAUAUAGAAGAGGAAAUCAAUCCAAAGAGCCAGAGAUUGUAGUUUUGGGAUCAGAUGCACCAAUAACAUGUAUUUUGCCAAUUAAUUUGUCAUUGUACGUUGCUUGUGGAAAACAAGUGUUUGUCAUGAGUGCAAUAACUGGGGAAAUUCAGAAAAAUUUUACAAUUCAUCAUGGCAAAAAUGUUAAUUUGUUAGCUCACUCGGGAGUUGGCUUAUGGUUGUCAUUAAUGAAUUCUACAACUGUUUGUUUAUAUCAUACGGAGACAUUUAAACAUCUACAGGAUAUAAAUAUUGCAUCAAAUGUAAUCAGACUGAAAGGAACUGCUUCGCCUGUUAAUGUAACUGCACUUAUGGCUUGCAAAGGUUUGCUUUGGGUCGGUACAGAUGCUGGAAUUAGUUUGACUGUACCAUUACCACGUCUCGAAGGAGUUCCUAUAAUAAGUGGUAAAGUGAAUGUAUCGUACCACGGUCAUACAGGUCCCAUAUCAAUUCUAGUACCACUUCAAGAUCCACCCACAGUUUUAAAACGACCUCCUUCAAAAACAUUAGCCAGUGAUGUGUAUGACCUGUAUGGAAGACUUAUGUGUGUUAAAGAUUAUGAUAAAAAUGAAGAUGGGUUAAAUUCAAGUCGUUGGUCGUUGCGAUCUAACGAAGAAACGUCAGCAGUGCAACAACAUACGAGAUCAUCAGACGCAUCUAAAAAAGAUUUUACAUUAGUAACAGUAUCCUGUGGCCGAGGGUAUGUCAAUUAUCAGCAACCUUGUUGUUCUACUAUAGAAAAUAACGCCUACAUUAUAUUGUGGGAAUUGAAGCUGUGAAAUCUGCCCCGGUAGUAUAUAUAUGUAUUAUUCAUCAUUAUUUACGAUAAUUGAUGCACUAGUAUAGUAAUUAUGUGAGAGUAUAAUUUUAAUUAAAAUUACACUAUUGCAUUUUUUUAAUUCUCAAAUAUAUUUGUAUUAAAUUUUUAUUCAUUCUGACAAUUAUUCAAUUUGGUGUGUGUAUUAAUAUUUCAUGGUUAAUUAUUCAUUAGAUUUUAUCUAAAUGCUAUUUCAGUCUAUAAUAGUUUCAUUCAAAUUUGAUCUAAUUAAAUUUACAACUGCAACUGGAGUUAUCAAAUAUAGCAUAUACUAUCUAUAUAUUAGGUAUUUGCAAUACAAGUCUUGUCGAAUCAAAAUAUCUUCUUUAGAGCUGUAUUGUUUUUAAUAAUAAUGAUCAUAGCAGUUAUAAAUAUUUAUUAUCCAUAUAAAUAGUAUAUUAAAGUGAGCUUAUCCAUUACAUGCAUCACUUUUUUUCCACGUAUGUAAUUUUUAAUUUAUUAUUUUGUUUAUUACUUGUAAAAACAUACAAGAUAAUAAUUAUAAUAACUUAAGGGGUGAUAUAAAUUAUCAAGUUCAUUAUUUU